CUCAUACUUUUGACAAACAAACGCAAAUAAAAUAAAAACAAAAUGACACUGACUCAACGGCCGACCGGUGCUGAUUGCUGAUGUUCAGAUCUCUCUCUUUCUCUGUUCUCUCUGAUCUGAAGAAGAAGCAGCAGCUCUCCUAGGGUUUCUUAUCGCACAAUUUGAUUAAUAAUUGUUAGAUAUGGCUGCUCCACCUGCUAGGGCUCGAGCGGAUUAUGAUUACCUCAUCAAGCUCCUGUUAAUCGGUGACAGUGGUGUUGGUAAGAGUUGUCUUCUUUUACGUUUCUCAGAUGGUUCCUUCACCACUAGUUUCAUUACAACCAUAGGAAUUGACUUUAAGAUAAGGACCAUUGAGCUUGACGGAAAACGAAUCAAACUGCAAAUCUGGGACACUGCUGGUCAAGAGCGAUUCAGGACAAUCACCACUGCAUAUUAUCGUGGCGCCAUGGGUAUUCUGCUGGUGUAUGAUGUAACCGAUGAAUCAUCCUUCAACAACAUAAGGAAUUGGAUUCGUAACAUAGAACAACAUGCGUCUGAUAAUGUAAACAAGAUUCUGGUCGGGAACAAGGCUGACAUGGACGAGAGCAAACGGGCCGUUCCUACGUCAAAGGGUCAGGCACUUGCUGAUGAAUAUGGAAUCAAAUUCUUUGAAACUAGUGCGAAAACAAAUAUGAAUGUGGAAGAGGUCUUCUUCUCGAUAGGUCGGGAUAUAAAACAAAGACUUUCUGAAACUGACACAAAGGCUGCUGAGCCUCAGACUAUUAAGAUUAACCAACCAGACCAGUCAGCUGGAGGUUCACAAGCUGGUGAGAAAUCUGCAUGCUGUGGAUAGAUAAUGAGUUGCGCUGAGAGGCAUCCACAGGGUAGUUUUGACUCCGUUAAGAUUUUCUUGUACUUUUCUCAUUAUUUUAAAUUUGGUUUACAAAGUUCUGAUUUUAAAGUUGCUCCCAUUAUGAGAAAUGUUUUAAUGUAUCUUUCUUGUUUUGGCGUUUCUAA